CCAAAAAAUCGCAAUUCGUUUUGGUUUGGUUGCAUCACGGUCGUUUGAAUUAAAAUUUGUGAAAAACUCUUGAUUUACGAAGUUCAACCAGUUCAAUAAUGUUUAAAGUGUUGAGGCUUUGUUCAGCUUCCAACGUAGUUAAUAUCGCACAGUUGCCGGCUUCUCGAAUACCGCUCGCCGGUAAUCAGAUAUGGUCGGUGCAUCGCUUUUUCUCGAAACCAUCUACACUGGAACAAAACAUCGGAUCUGAUUCGGACAAAUCUACCGCCUGGAAUACCAUUUAUCAUUUUCCGGGCAUAAUGCUAACGGCUUCGAUUAAACGGCUGCAGACCUAUCCGAUGAUCAUGACCGCCGUAAGCGUACCGAUCAGCAUGGGUUUGGCGUAUGCAGAUCUUGUGUCGAUGACAACGGCCCAAGUUUGCGGAUCGAUAGGUUUUACCACCACGGCGACCCUUCUUCUGUUUAGCUACUUAACCAACAAUCUGAUCGGCUACGUGUACACCGAUGAUGCAUGCAAUAAGGUAAAAAUAGCUUACGUUGACAAGAGCGGAAAGCGACAGAAUCGCAUUUACACCAUUGACGACAUUGUUCCGCGAACGGAAAUGAGUCGAUCGUUGUUCAGUUUUUAUUUCCCGGUAAAAAAUCACGAUAACCGGGAUCAGUACAAGCUGAUUCACCGGUACGGCCAAAUAUACGACUAUCAAGCUUUUGCGCGGGUUUUCGGUCGUGAUGUUUGAAGUUGGCUAGUUUUAAGAAAUUAGUUACCACA